AUGGACGAAGUUCUGUACCAGAACCAAGUGACGUCAGACAAGGCCGCAGUGGUCGCUGCGUUGGCAGCCGCCAACGGAAGCCGGGAUGAGGAGAAAGGCGUGGUGAUCCUCAAGAGCUUCCAGCAGAGCCGCAACAUCUGGGUGGCGCUGCGGGCGUUGGACGUGCCGUGGCUGUGCGAGGUCGCCACGGCGCUGGACCUGCGCGGCAUGAAGCUGGAGAACUGGGAGCAGCUGGUGAACUACUGGCCAACUGGCGCAGAGCUCGAGGAGCUCGAGGACCACGCCUUCGGGCGCAAGGUGGGCGAGCUCCGAAACGUGGAGGAGACCCUACUGCCUUUGCUCCGGAUCCCAGACCUCAAGUUCCGUCUCAGGCUGCUGGACCUGACUCAGUCCAUGCCGGUGACCAUGGACCAGCUGAGCCAGCAGCUGGCGUGCGUGCAGCAGGCCUGCCGCGAGCUGCAGGACUCCGAGUCGCUGAGGCAAUUCCUGGCGGUGACGUUGGUGGCCUGCACCUACCUGAACACCGGCACCACGGCGGAGGAUAUCAAGACCGAUGCCUCCGUGACCUCCUUCUUCGAGGUUCAGCAACUCACCAAGCUCUCAGAGCACAAGCUCUACGUCUCCACGGAAGGCGUCGGGCUAGGCAUGCAGCAGGGCAUGUGCCUGAUGCACUUUAUGGUGAAGCAGAUGCGUCUGAAGUUCCCGGACAGGACCCCGGCGCGCUUUGAGGCGGAGCUCUCAUGCCUGGAGCGCGGACGGAAGCAGCGCUUGGAUGAGGUGAAGCAGGCGAUCCAGCUGCUGAGAACAAACCUGAAGGGCCUGGAGGCGCAGGUGACCAACGUCUUCGGUCUGCCAGAAGCGUCUUGCGGCAGCGAUGAGGAGAAGGACUGCGAGAGUGCGUCCGAACGGACGUGCAGCCCGGACAAGCGGACAAGGACCCCAGACCUGCGGGCCCGCGCUUGGAUCCUCCUCUGCCCCGUGAAGGCUCGGCUGGCGCUGCUACAGCAGCAGUUCGAAGAGGCGGAGGCGUGCGCCAAGGCCAUGCUGGACCACUUCGGCGUGGAGGUGCGCGCGGUUCCGGCGCCGCAGGUGGCGGAGAAGAAGGAGUCGUCGUCAUCCAAAGAGGAGAAGAAGGAGAAGAAGGAGCUUCCACCCGGGGACCCGCUGGCGGUGACCCUGCAACAGACCUUUGCCAGCUUCAGCCACUUCCUCGCGGAGUUCCGCAACAAGUGGAAG